AUGCAUUCAAACGGGAAUGAAAACAAGGUCAGUAUGAAAUCAAACAUUCCUGUUCUGCAGAGCAGUGGGCGAAUCCUGAUGCACUCGUCAUCAGCCAAUGUAAGUAGUGAGCAUAGCAAAAAACAAUCGUCAGGGUAUGGAGUAACAGAAGUUGAAAUAUACAGCAGUAAAGAAGCUUCAAACAACCAUGAAUACGUCUCUGGGGGACGCCAGAUAACCUAUUCCGCAUCGGAAACAACAAACAGCCAUAUUGAAAGGAAAAUGGACUCUUGUGGAGUCAUUGACGAUGACGAGCAGAAACCAAAGAGCUUUACAGGGGACGGUCAUCCUUUAGGAAGACAGAAAAUGAUUUACUCGUCAUCUGGAGUUAUAACAAGUAGCCAGGCAGCAGGAAGAUUUUACCGACAAGAUGGUAAUGAAAGUGGUAUGCGAACCAGCAAGGACAGUGGCUUUGGGGAGAGUGACAGUGUAAGUCAACUAAGCGGCGAGAUCGAUGGUUCAGUAACAGAGGAGUUUCGGAUCGAACUGAACGAGAGUGAGGAAGAGGCCUUGAAAGAAGAGCUGCUGCAUAUAUUUGAAAGAGAAAGAACUACGUUGGAAGUGUAUUUCAAGAAGAGGAUGGAAGAAACUCUGCGUGGAUUCAGGAGCAGACAACUAGAGUGGGACGAGGCGAUACGAGCAGAGAGAGCAGAGCUUGAGAAGAACGUGUCUAUGGAGAAGAUGGAAAUGCAGAGGAAAUUCGCUGAAGAGAUUGACAAACUGACUCAGUCAUUUCGUGAAGAGAGACAACAGCUUGACCAGUAUUAUAAGGAGAAGUUAGAAGAACUUCGGGAAAAAUUAGGAACCGAGCAAGGAAGAAUGGAGGAAAACUUUGCAAGAGAAAAAAUUGAGCUCAAGGAAAAAUUGGAGGCUGAAUAUCAAGUCAUGUUAGAGAGGGAAAUUUCACGCGUGAAAGAAGAAGUGAUACGUGAAAAAUCAGAAACGGAACAGCGCAUAAAUAAUGAGAAACUCGAAAUGGAGAGUAGCUUCAAUCUACGCCUCUCUGAGGUCGAAAGUAACUUGAAGAGAUCCACCGCUGAAUUUGAAGCUAACAUGACACAAGAAAAAAUUCGAAAGGAAAAAGAAUUCCAAGAAAAGAGUAAGGCGUUUGAGGACAGUUUGCAGGAAGAGAAGCUGUUGAGACUUGAUGUAGAAAAAGAAUUAGAGCGAGAGAGAGAGAAAUCUGUCAACGGUGAAUCGAUGAAUAGAAAAGAAAACGAACGCCUUUGGAAAGAAAUCGAGGUACUACGCCUUGAAAUUGAGGAGAAAAACAGAGUGUACGAAGAAAUAACGUUGUUUCAGGAAACAUUGACUUCAAAAGGACGUGAAGGACUCAGUGGCAAACUGAAGGAUGACUUUGAAAAACUGUUAGCAGAUCACAAAACGGAACUAGAUAAGACAUUCCACACCGAAAAAGAGGCGCUUGAUCAAAAAGUACAAUCUGAGAGACGACAGAUACAGGAAGAGCUUGAUCGAGAAAAAGAGAAAAUUAAGGUGGAGAAGGAUGAAAUUGUCAAAACAAGAGAAAGACUAAGGGUCGAGGGAAAAGGCCAAGUAGACAAUUCGCAAAGGCAACGAAGUGAUGGUGAGUGGACGAGAUCAUCUCUGGGGCACCUACAGAACGAGCGUGUCGGUGAAACAGAAAGUAAAGGAGUGUUUGAACAUCAAAGGGGAAACCGUCAGGCUGAACUCGGAAGUGGAGCUGUUGGAUUGUCAGCGAAUCGUGGAGAAGUCUCUGAUGGUGUCAGAGAUGUGACAAGUCUUACUAACUGGAAAUCGCACCAGCAUUCACAACAAGAACGGUCACAGACAGAAAUCACGUGGACAGGAGCAUAUGAUGCCGACUCCUGUGUUGUUCAACGUGGCUUCACUGGUAGUCAACAAAAGCAUGACUGUGCCAGUGAUAAAGCAGGUCCCUCCUACUGGCAAUCGUAUCAGCAACUACAACACCCUCAGCAAGACAGUGUAGGGACCGGAACGUUAGCUGGCAACUCCCAUGUCGAUCAACCUGCUGUCACUGGUAUCCAUGGACAGCAUGUAGGUACGGAUUAUAAUUCUAAGAAUGACUCGACUUUGCAGUCACAAUUUCACACCAGCCUCGUGUAUCAUGAAAAACGAGCUUUGCCAAGCAACAGUCAAGUUGGACUCUCAGAUUCUGGAACUAGAUCAAUGGAGGAGCCCCAGGCUAGGAGUAUGUCAUUUCAUCACACAACGACAGACAACGAAUCGGCGUUACGAUUUGAGAUUGAUGCAUUGAAAAGUGAAAAUAAAGGUUUAAAAGCCAAGAUUGUAGCGCUGGAGGAAAACAUCGACCUUCAUAAGCAGUACAAAGAGGAAGCUAAGGCUGAAAUGGAAAGACUCCUGAAAGCGAACCAGGACAAAGACCUAAGGCUAAAGACCCGAACCAAGCAGGUUGAGGAAACUAGUAAAAUGAAAACCGAAAAAGAGGAUGAUAGAAAACGACUUGAUAAUGCCCAGACAAGCUUCCACACUCAUGAGGACAGGGCCAGAAGGCUCGAAAACACCGAUAGGCACUUAGAAGAGAAACUACGGGGGCUGGAGGCUCGAGCUGCCAAAGCUGAAAAGACCUCAAUAGACUACGACACCAAGACUCAGCUCACUGCAGAGCGAAGAAGAGAACAGAGGAGACAAGAUUCCAAUAGACAUAAAGAUGACAUUCAAGGCCAACGGAGUGUAUUGAGCCCGAGACAAAAGGUAGAUAAUUUGUUCUGUCUCUGUACUCAUAAUGAUGGUCCUCUCCUUCCAAGGUAUUUAUUGCUUUUGCUGGAUUUCUAAAGUUUGGCUUCCCAGGCAAAAUACUUAGCAUAAAUCGAGGCACAUAGCUCUUUGUCGUUUAAAACUGCAAGAUUAACAACCGUUUUGAUUUAUCAGCGGCUAUCCUUGAAAGGCCAAGUUAUCCGAUAUUUAUCCUAAAUUAUGUUGGCUUAUUGCAGGGUAAAUCCCAGCAUGAAUUAGAGGCAAGAUAUGACACCCAGGAUUCUUCAUACAAGGUGAGCGUCAAUCUAGUUUUGGUAGUCUAGUUUUGAUAGCUUUUCUUGUAAAUUGAAAGAUUAAUAAACAAUGAAUGCCGAUUUACUACGAUUUUUCACAAAAAAAUUGCAGAAUGAAUUCCUCUGACUGAUGGAAGCUGUUAGUCUAAUUUGUAACUGUAUGUCGACCUGACAUAUCGACUACUUCCUUAGCAUCUCGUUGUGUGGGUAUUGAUCGUAAAUCGUGAAAUAUUUUUCUGUUCUGUAGGCAAAAUACGAAGCAGCAUUACGAGAAAAGAACCGACUUCUUCAGGUCAUCAGGGAACUGGAACUGAAAAUCAAAACUUUAGAGCAAAAGAAGAUUGAGCUACUUCAUCAAACUUCGGUGAGCUCACAACUUGUCCGACAGCUUACUCUACACAAAUUUAUUAAUUCUUUUUACCAUAUGACACUAUAACACUGUUUUCUCCGUUUCUAGCAACAAGGAAAGCCCUCAGAGAAAAGUGACGAAACUGAACGAAUCAAGCGCCUGGUCUCUGAGAAUUCUUCCCUGAAAGAAAGAACUUCAGAAUUGCAAAAUCAACUGGAACGGCUGUUGGAAAAACUGAAAAAUGAGAAAGAAAAGGUGAGAAAAUAGAUUAAUUUCUGUAAGUGUAAGUAUUGAUACAUGGCACGAACCAAGAGCAGCUUCAGCAGAAAACUCAAGAAGUGACGAGAGAAAGUAACUUUAACUCAUUCCUCACUAUCAAACGCGCUGCGUCUGAGCCUGUUACGGUGUCAGUUUUGAAUCAAUAAGGUUAUUUACCCUUUCUGUUAAGAAUUAAAAUGCCUCGCCUGAAGUCUUGACGAUUUCACUCUGUGAUCACAUCUACUUUGUGUAUGGGAAAUAAAGCGCUUCUGUUGAUAAUAAGGCCCACAGAUAUUUACUAGCAAUUUUACUCAUCAUUCUCAUUCUAGGCUACCAGUUUUGAGACAGAAAUAUCCACCCGCAAGACUGAAAGUCUUCACAACAUUAAGGGCUUACAAGAUAGGCUCUUGCAUACUGGCCGAGAGCUUUCUAGCUCUCGUGGAGAACUGGACCUUGAUGCACUAAAGAGAAUCGAAAGAGAAAUUUUCACCAUUGGUCAGAUCAUCAGGACUCAAUUUGAAGGUAGCAGAGAGGAUUUGUCUUACUCAUCAGUGGCUAUGGACCCGGCCCGGAUCGCUCAACUGGAGGUGGAGAAAAAGGAGUUGGAGACUAAGCUUUCCCUGGCUAGGGAAGCUAUGAAUGAAUACGUUACACGUUUAAAUGAGAAGGUUGGGAACCUUUUACACAAUACGAUUCUCCUUUCUCUGUCAUCAUGAUAAUUGAUGUCACCAUAUAAUAAGAUCUCAGUUGCACCCCAUUUCAGGGACACAGUCAGUUGUAGCGAUAAAAGGGUAAUAGUUAUUGUCCUGAAUAACCACAUAUUUAACCUCCCAUAAGUAAGUCUUAUCGUGUGAAGACUUUUCAAAAUGGUUUUUAGACAAUGCUAAAUAUGGGGGGACAAUACUGUUUUUAGCGCUUUUCUAUAAAUCUAGUGUUGCAAAUCUAAAAAAUAGAAGGAUUAUGAUCCACCAUUCAGAACCAGAGAACAUAUCACAAAAAGCUAAUAGAAACUCAGAGUGGAGGCGACAAAUGGCCUAAAGCGCAGGAAAACGCGAAUAACCGAGUUGAGGUUGGCUUCAGUUUUUCAACUGAUUGGUCGAAAGUAUGGUUCAUGUCGUAUAGACCAAUCAAUCAAUCAAUAUAGAGCAAUAAAAAUCAAUCAAAAUCACGUUAUAUUUGAUUCUUCUCAUAGAUGCAGGACGUGGAAAGUAUGGCAGGAAUGUCAGGGGAAGUGAUUCAGGAAUUGCAUAUGAGGAAUGAUAACUUAGAAAAGAGUUUGCAAGAUUUGGAAGAUGGACAGAAAACAUCACAUUUACAGAACGAGCAACUGCGUCAUCAGAGAUCAGCUCUUCAGAAUCUAAUCGGAGAUUUGUGCAGCCACGAUGAGCUACCUCCUAUGUCACAUAACUCAUCACCAAGAUACUUCGAUUCCGAACACAGAAGCAGAAGCAACGAUAACAAGGAGUUUGGUGAUGCUUCAUACAGCGCAUCCUCAAACUAUCUCGACUCCACAUACAAAAGCAAAUAUGCCAGUGGACACGAUAAAGAGAGUUUGGAUAGUUCGUCAUAUAACCCGUCAUCAAAAUUCAUAGGUUUUAAGUACGAUGACAAAGAUGACGGAAUCCGCGAUAAUCGAUACAAAGAUUUCGACUCGAGGCUGGAAGAUACAUACGUAACCAAAGGUUCUAAAGAGAUCUACGACAGUCAAAAGUCCAGCGGAAGAGCAAAAGGGGAAAACUACCGGUGUAUUUUUAAGGACUGUCCUAGCAAUUCAGGUUUUUGA